AUAUGAUACUUCGAUAGUGCGUUGUGCCGACUGCGAACUGCCACCGACUGCGAUCUAACCAGCCAUUUUACUUUACGUCGAAUCAAAAUCUGUAAGAACACUUACAAUGGCGAGCACACUGAUCCGUUCAUGCUUACGUCAAAAUAUUCCAAUGCACAUACGUAAUAUGUCUGCAAUUGAGUUUCCAGACAAAAUUGGUAAUAGGGACGUAGUAGGUUUUGGAUAUAAUGGAACCGAAUCUUACAUGGAUAGAACUGAUUACCCUAUGCCUGCUAUUCGUUUCAAAGCAAAUACUCCAGAUGUAAUGGCAUUAAGAGAGAAGGAGAAGGGAGAUUGGAAGAAAUUAUCUAUCGAAGAAAAGAAACAACUAUAUCGUGCUAGUUUUUGUCAAACAAUUGUUGAAAUGCAAGCUCCAACGGGAAUAUGGAAAGGAUGCAUUGGAUUAACACUUAUGGGUGUGGCCUUUAGUAUUUGGAUAUUUAUGUUCCUUAAAACCUAUGCAUACCCACCAUUGCCAAUAACAUUUGAUGAAGAACACAGGCUCGCUCAAAUGGAACGUAUGAUAUUGCUUGAUGUUAAUCCUAUCACAGGAAUUAGUGCUAAAAAAUAAAUUUGUAUUAAAAAUAUAGUAUGAAAAAUGUAUCAUAAAGCAACACUUAUUUAAUAAAAUUCUAUGUACAGUCAACGAAAAGAAUUAAAUAAAUUAAGCGUUGCUAUUCGAAAUUAA